AUGAGGCGAGCGGUCUGUGUGUUCCAGCUUGUGGUCUGCCUAACCGACGCUCCCGGGUGGUGGGGGGUAACUACGCAGAGUUCAACGAGUACCCGUGGAUGGUGACGCUGAUGUACAAGAGCCACUUCUAUUGCGGAGGUACUCUCAUCAGCGACCGCUACGUCCUCACCGCCGCCCACUGCGUCAGAGGGGUGAGUGUGACUAACCUGAGGGUGAUGGUGGGAGACCACAUCCGCAGCUUCCCCAUCGAGACCCACAGCAAAGAGUACACUGUCGUCUACUACAUCUACCAUCAACAAUUCAACCAUUCCACCUACAAUAAUGACAUCGCCCUCAUCAAACUCAACCAGAAAGUUGAGUACAAAUGGUACUCGCGGCCAGCUUGUCUCCCUAUUCCCGAUAGUGAUUACGUUGGGAAGCUGGGCGUGGUGAGUGGAUGGGGCCGGGUGACUGAGAAGGGCGACCCCACCGACACCCUGAAGGAGGCUCUCCUCCCCAUUUUCUCGAACCCAGUGUGUCGAGCCCUCCGCUACCAUCCCCACGAGAUCACCGACAACAUGAUCUGUGCUGGCUACGUCCAUGGCGGAACAGACUCCUGCCAUGGUGACAGUGGAGGCGGCUUACUCUGGCAAGGCAAGGAUGGCAAGAUGGACGUGAUAGGUGUAGUGUCCUGGGGUGAUGGGUGCGGGCGGCGGGGCUACCCUGGAGUCUACACUCGGGUCACAAACUACCUCUCCUGGAUUGAACAACACACGAGAGACAGCUGCUUCUGUGGCAGAAGACGCGGCAGGUCUUGAUGAUAGGGUGACCAAAUAAAAUAUUGAUAGUUAUAUACUGUACUAUUAAAACCUUUAUGAUGCAUUAAUAUAGUUAAACGGUUUGUACAAUUACUUGGAGUUAAAUAUGAAAGAUGAUACUUAUCACAGUACACAGUUUAGUUACUUUAGCAUGCUAAAAUUACUAAAAUCUUACGGUCAUGCAAUGCAAAGUUGUGCUGUUAACCUAAUCAGUGCAAGGAAAAUAUUUUAUUCUCUUCAAGAAGUAUUGUUGUAUUAUACAACCUGGACUAGCUGUACCUGGAUGAGGGUCUGGGAGUUCUGCUACUCCCCAAGCCCGGCCCGGGGCCAGGCUUGACGUGUGAGAGCUUGGUCCAACAGCCUGUUGCUUGGAACAGCCCACAGGUCUACAUACCCGACCCUAAGGUCACGGUAGUACAGUCGGAUUCGUUCUCGACUUACAAUCGAGAAUUCCGGGUUUA